AUGGCGACGACGGCGGACAAUUGCCUGCUUCAGAGAGAACCAACAAGCAACAUUAAUCACAGUUCUCACCAGAGGACAUCCCAGCUACUGAGAAAAAUAUCUCGAUUAUGCUGCAGGACCUCAAAGCAUGCUACGGACUCCUGGCAAGAGGCCUCUGCAGAGAGAUGGCGGAUCUG